AUGUCCAACACGAUUUUACCUCCAUCCGGUGAACAGAAGGCGAUCCGAUGGUAUCCUCCAUCGUACGACAUUCGAAUCGAAACAGUUCCCAUUCCACAGAUUCUGCAUCCUGAUGAUGCGAUAGUGAAAGUUCAAUUUGCGGCUUUGUGUGGAAGCGAUCUCCAUAUUUAUCGGGGCCACGGAGGCGUGAAUAAAGACCAUACCUGUGGGCACGAGUUUAUCGGAGCAGUCGUCGCCCUCGGCCAUAGCUAUGGGGGAGACAACACAGGAAGACCUUCCCUCUAUUCCACCCUCAAGAUCGGCGACAAAGUCGUCUCCCCGUUCACCGUGAACUGUGGGGAAUGCCACGCGUGCCGUCUUGGUUAUACAGGAAGGUGUCCAGAAGGGUUCCUGUUUGGAUCCCCUGCCCUCGAAGGCGGACAAGCACAAUACGUGCGCGUUCCUAAAGGGGGAGGGACUUUGUUCAACUUGAGCGACCCUUCGACCUGGUCCAGCAAUCUCUCGAAUAAGGAAAAGGAGAAGGCACUCACAACACUGUCAGAUAGCUCCUUGUUGAUGCUUGCUGAUAUCCUUCCCACCGGCGUCUUUGCUGCGCUCCAAGUAAUCAACCAUCCGAAAGUAGCGCCUAUCAUCACUGGUAAACCCUGGCCUAUGUGCUUCUCUAAGGAUGACGCACCCUCUAGCAAUCAAAUCAGUUUGACGGACGAAGACAAAAUCUUGACGGUCGCUGUCAUUGGCUUGGGGCCUGUGGGUAUAUGUGCCACCGUCAGCAUGCUUGACCUUCUCGCGACGCGCCAAAUUCCUUACAAAUUCGUUGCUGUCGAUCCCUUGGAGUCACGACGAGAAAAGGCGGCGGCCGUAUACAACACGAUCGAUACUGCCUGCAAGGCAAACGGCGAAUUUGCGGUCUGUUCGAUCGACGAGGCUAAGGACAAGGUGAAGGAAUGGACCGGUGGUGUGGGGUGUACGGCGGUUCUAGAGGUGGUCGGAAAUACGAGCGCUCUCACCCUUUCAUAUGACCUCAUCCGCGCCUUUGGGGUGAUCGUUUCUGUCGGCGUCCACGGGGAACCACUCCUUCCCUUCACCGGCCGUCAGGCCUACAAUAAAAAUGUGUCCUUCGACUUCGGACGGUGCCCUGCACGUGCGAUGUUCCCUCCUGCAUUUGACCUUCUAGGUGACGAUAUUUCCCGCCGUGCUUCUCGCAGAUUUUCUGAUGUCUUCAAAGUUAAGAGGCAGGAUGUCUUCGGGGGGAUCGGACAACCAGCGAGCCUCAUCGACCGAGUCGUUGAUUUCAGUCAGGCGGUCGAUAUUUAUCGAGCGUUCGAUAAGGGAGAAGUAGGGAAGGUGAUAUUUGACCCUUGGCGAGCUUAG